AAGCGGUGAGUCAGUGCGCUCCUGAAAACAGCCACAGCUAAACGCUCUUCAAAUCUAAUCAUUUCUACAUAGACUGCUCUCCGAAGCUCACUGCACGAAUUCUUAGCAAUCAGCUUUCAUUAAAACGGCGCUUUGGUUUAUUGCAUUUGCACGAGGACGCUGGAUAUGGAGCUGGUUGGGUCUGUUUAACAGACGCGGACAAAGCGGAUCAGCUCGAGCCGAGAUGAGCGCGACUAUGAGCGGCUCUGGGUCAGCGCCCUGUCGCUUCGCACAUUACUUCGUUAUAUGCGGAAUAGACAACGAAACGGGUCUGGAGCCCGAUGCUUUGGCAGCUUUGUACCAAUGGCUAGAGGCCGAUCGUCAGGGCAGGGACCCAGAAGCCGUGGCAGCAGGAGAAAACUUUGAUCAGAGCCCCCUCAAAAGGACCUUCAAAUCCAAAGUGCUUGCUCACUACCCAAAGAACAUCGAGUGCAACGCAUUUGACCAGGAUGCUGUUAACAUGCUCUGCAUGCCCAAAGGUCUGUCAUUCCGAACACAGCGUGACAGUCACACCCCACAGUUCCACUCUUUCCUCAUCACGAGAGAAGAUGGAUCUCGCACUUACGGUUUCGUUCACACCUUCUACGAGGAGGUGACCAGCCCUCAGAUCUGCUCUGCCAUGCAGACGCUACACCAGAUGCACCAAGCGGAGCAUAAUGAAUCUGCCCACAACUGCCCUUCAUCAUCGUCCUCAUCCUCCUCUAGUAUGGACUCUUUAGCCAGCAGCCUUGAUGAAGUUGAGUCUCCCUCCUCAACUUCCUCCUCACAAGGGGGCCGUACGAGCUGUGGCUGCUCUGGCGAAGGCUACGACUCUGUUCGCGACACUCUGUAUGUGUCCAAAGCUAUGUGUCUAAUCACGCCCAUGCCCUUCAUGCAUGCCUGUAAAGGUUUCCUUUCCCAAGUACACCGUGCUGUCAUCUCCCAUCAGCCGCCCCCACUUCCUUUGGAAAGCUACAUCUACAACAUCCUCUAUGAAGUACCUUUGCCACUGCCCGGACGCUCUUUAAAGUUCCACGGAGUGUAUGAACCUAUCCUGAGCCAGAGGCCUGGUGUCGGGGAGCUGCCGUUGGCUGAUUUCCCACUGAGUGAGGCCUUCCAGUUGUUGGGAGUGGAAAAUCUGGUGCAGAUUUUUACUUGUGUCCUACUAGAGAUGCAGAUCCUCCUCUACUCACAGGAUUACCAGAGGCUCAUGGUGGUUGCGGAGGGAAUCACAACAUUGCUGUUCCCGUUCCAGUGGCAGCAUGUAUAUGUGCCCAUCCUUCCCGCUUCUCUUCUGCACUUCCUGGACGCCCCUGUGCCGUAUCUCAUGGGCCUGCAGUCCAAAGAGGGCACGGACCGCUCCAAGCUAGAGCUGCCUCAAGAGGCGAACCUGUGUUUUGUUGACAUUGACAACCAGUGCAUCGAGCUGCCUGAAGAAUUCCCUCAGUUCCCCAACAAGACCGAAUUCAUCCAGGAACUCAGUGAGGUAUUGCUAAGUUUUGGUCUGUCUCCUGAGGGGGGCAACACCUCCCCUGAACCAGCUGUCAGCAUGCAGACCUCCACACUGGAGAAGGAGCUGAAGAGCACAUCUCUGAGUGAGUUAGUGGAUGACAGGAGGAACGGAAACCUCGGUGGAGAGGCGCUGGACGUGCUGGAACUACUUCAGGGCAACCCGACUCUGGAGCGUCUGCAGGCUCUGGCCAAAAGGACUGGGGUGAAAGUGGCCCGUUUGGAGGCAUUGGCAGCAGGGAAGGAGGGUGUGGGAGGAAGGUCUCCUGCUGAGGAAGAGGAGCUGAGGAACGCUAAACUGAACGUGCAGCUGAGGGAGGUGUUUGCUGCACGCUUUGCGACAAUGUUUGCAGACUACGAGUCGUUUGUGAUUCAGAACUCUCCAGAUUUGGAGUCCUGGCUGACCAAUAGAGAGCAAAUGCACAACUUUGACAAGGCCUCAUUCCUUUCUGAUCAGCCGGAACCGUACUUGCCCUUCCUGUCGCAUUUCAUCGAAACACAAAUGUUUGCCACCUUCAUCGACAACAAGAUCAUGUCUCAGUGGGAGGAGAAAGAACCCCUCCUGCGAGUGUUUGACGGACGCAUUGAGAAGGCCCGUCUUUACAAUGUCCGCGCACCAAGCUUGCGCUCAUCUGUUUACCAGAAAUGCACUUUUCUCAAAGAAUCAGCCCAGGCCAUAGAGCAGCGGCUGAGAAAGAUCGACCACACAGCCAUCCAUCCUCACCUGCUGGAUAUGAAGAUUGGCCAAGGAAAAUACCAGCAGGGAUUCUUCCCCAAACUGCAGGCUGAUGUGCUCGCCUCAGGGCCCACCAACAACAAGUGGUCCAAUCGCACAUGCUCGACUCAGCGCAGAGUGGACCGUCACAGACAGCAGAAUGACCAUCUUGUGCUGGACAAUGACCUCAAAGAGAUGGAUGUUCAGACCAAGCGUAUGUUGGUGGAGAAAAUGGGCAGAGAGGCUGUUGAACUGGGCCAUGGAGAAGCAAACAUCACUGGCCUGGAGGAGAACACACUCAUAGCCAGUCUGUGUGACCUGCUGGAGAGAAUAUGGAGCCACGGUCUACAGGUCAAACAGGGAAAGUCUGCGCUGUGGUCUCAUUUAUUGCACUACCAGGUGAGAGAAGAGAAAAACGAACAGCUGUCAGAGUCUCCAGUGUCUAAUGGCCAGGAAAAGCGGAAGCCAGAGUCCAGUGUUGGUCUUCCUGCAUUACGUGUAUCACUCAUACAGGAUAUGAGACACAUCCAGAACAUGAGAGAGAUUAAAACAGAUGUGGGUCGAGCACGUGCCUGGAUCCGUCUGUCCCUGGAGAAAAAACUACUUUCCCAGCAUCUCAAACAGCUGCUGUCUAACCAGGCCUUAACCAAGAAGCUGUACAAGCGUUACGCCUUCUUGCGCUGCGAAGAGGAAAAAGAGCAGUUUCUCUUUUAUCUCCUGAGCCUGAAUGCCGUGGACUACUUCUGCUUUACCAGCGUCUUCACCACCAUAAUGAUUCCAUACAGGGCCGUUAUCAUUCCCAUCAAGAAGCUUAGUAACGCAAUGACGACGUCCAACCCUUGGCUGUGUGUGUCCGGCGAGCUGGGCGACUCUGGCAUCCUGCAGAUCACGAAGAACGUUCUGGAAAUGACGUUUGACUCUGCCUUUAGGCCUCACACGCACAUCUCCAUCACUUUCAAGUGUCAGAACCUCGGGAAGUUGACAACAGUGCAGCUGGGUCAUGAUAAUUCUGGCUUGCUUGCCAAGUGGCUGGUGGAUUGUGUCAUGGUCCGCAAUGAGAUCACCGGCCACACAUACAAGUUCCCGUGUGGCAGGUGGCUGGGUAAGGGUGUGGAUGAUGGCAGUCUUGAGCGAGUUCUGAUAGGUGAGUUUGUAGUUCCGUGCAGUAAUGACGACGGAGGCCGAGGUUCUAAGACUCCGCCCCUUCAGCGAUCACCUUCCCAGAUUCGACGAAUCAGCAUCACAUCACUUACUGGACGUGGAAACAAACCAACAACCGUACAGAUACAGGAAUCCAUCGGUGAAGCAGUUAACAAUAUUAUAAAGCAUUUCCACAAACCAGAAAAAGAGAGGGGCAGUCUUACGGUCCUGCUGUGUGGAGAAGGUGGUCUUGUUUGGGCACUGGAGCAGUUCUUCCAUCAUGGAUUCCGCUCAGCUCGAAUCUUCCAGAAAAAUGUCUUUGUGUGGGAUUUGUAUGAGAAAGCAGUAGCAUUUGUGGAGAAUGCAGAUCAGAUUGGAGACCUGCAAGAAACACGAGAGCCUCUAGGCCUGAAUUGUGAAUCUUUCUGUCGAUACGUCAACGCCAUUAACAAUAUGCCACGCAACAUUGGCAAGGAUGGCAAGUUCCAGCUGCUAGUUUGCCUCGGGGCGAGAGACCGAUUAUUGCCGCAGUGGCUUCCUCUAUUGGUCGAAUGCCCCGUCAUCACACGCAUGUAUGAGGAGAAUGCGUUACUGCGAGACAAUCUCACCGUCAGCUCUCUCAUCGCAGUUCUGGAAACGCUGCAUGACUUCCCCAUCACACUGGAGAGCUCUCUAACGAAAAGCGUUGAGCUGUAACUCCACAUGCUGAGGUCAAAUUGAGACUGCUCCCCAUGCUGCCACCCUCAGGGCCAAAGCGGCUCUACGAGUGACUCUGCCUUGAGUGACACUGUCUUGUGUGUUCGCUGACCAGGGAAUGACUGAGGACUUAUCAAAGCAUCUCUCAACAUGACUGACUCCUGCACCUCCUCGCAAAUGAACUCAGAAGUGUGUUUUGUAGCAGUAUUUGGAGUUGUGGUCUUUCUAACAGAAGGCGUUGACGGCUUUGUUGAGAAGACGUACAUUUUUUUGCUUUCAAACCUGUGGUCAUUUUCGUACACAUCUGUCUGCGAGUCAAAUCCGCUAGCAUUUCUGCUUCAGAUCAUGUGUCGUCUUUAGAAAGCACUGUUUUUUGCAAAAGUAUGUUAAGAUACAGAGGAGCCUUAGUACUGACAAGAUUAUAUGUCCAACACAUUCAAUAACCAUCAUUUGACAGGCAAAAUGAUUAUACUUGAGGAAUUCAGACAUCAAGUGUUUCUAAUGACUUGAAUUUUAUCUGCAAAUCAAUGUCUGGGUGUUUAAACCAAUGCUAUCAGUGUUCUGAUUGGCUGUCAGUUUGAAAGAAAGAUUCUUGAUUUUGAAUAGUCCUAACUUGAGGGUGUCAAUUUGAAACAUUCUCCUGAUUAAAAGCCUGUCAAAUGAAUUUUCAGAGAAAUAGGACAUUCCAACAUGUGAAUCGUUGUAUGUUACAAGAUGUGUUUAUGUGUGAUAGUAAUGUGCGUGUGUGUGGCUUGUUUAUCAGAUUAACAUUUGGGAAGAUGUGUUUAUUUUGCCAAUGAGUAUUAACUUCAUUCUUAGAUACUUCAGUAUCAUGUUUGAUUUUUUUUUGUUUUUUUACUUUUAAGAAAGAAACACUGGAAAUCAGCGUAAAGCAAUAACAAGCUUCUUUCACGUUGUUUUUAGCCAUGAAACUUAGUCACAGUUAAAAUCUCUCUAAUCUUAAUUCUUACAGUUACUUGUGGGGGUGCUUUAAAUAUAAAGUUUAAACCCUAGUAUUUACCACUAAUUGAAGGUCGAAAUGCUGCAAUUACUUUGUAAAUCCAUGUUUGAUUACUGCAGUACUUGCACGUUGCUUAGAAAUUAAGAAUUAUUGUCCUUAAAUCACCCUUGAUGUUUGUUCUUUUAUGCAUCAGUUUUAAUACGGAAACCCUGCUGAGAGAAAAGUAGAAUUUACAGAUAAACCGUUGUUACAGGAUGAAUAACAGCUUUGAAUCACUUAAUGCUACUUAAGUUUUGGUUUUUAAGACUCUCAGCAUUUAAUCUAAGAGUUGUGUAUGGUAGCUCGUCAACCUGUGUAUUUUAUUUUUCUUUUUUAUGACGACUACGAUCAUUUGUAUGUAUUUAUUUUAGGAUGAUGCUUUUGUGACUGGUUGAUUUUGUAUUGAUGCUAUCUUGGGGGGACUUAUGCAGUAAGCUGACACUGGAUCAUUUAUUUAUUUUAGUAAAUCUGCUUUCAAGCUUUGUAUAUUGGAAUGUCCGUCUUGUGUAAAAGUCGACAUUGUUUUAGACCCCAAAAGUUGCUGAAAUCCCAGAGAAUCCUCUCACUGGAGGGAUGAGGAACCCACAGGAACUGUCCCUUUGCUUGCGGUGCUGAUGCAUGCAACAUGUCUUAGAUCUGGGAGAAGUACUGUUGCUGUAAAUGAAUUUGUUCCUCUUCUAGAUCUUGCCUCAUUCCAUCUGUUUUUUUUCCUGUAAUGAAAGCUUCCAAACAUUGUGUUAUAAAAAGCUCCUUGUCUAAAAUGAGUUGAAUCCUCCAUGUUUAUAUUUGUAAAGCAACAUAUUAAAAUUACUCCCUUCAUCCA